UGUGUGUGUGUGUGUCAACCUGCAGUGCUUGCUUAAGUCUUUCGCUAGUGCAGACACGUCCACAGGCACUGUAAGGCGUCUCUUUCCCUCAAUGUAAUGAUUGGAUAAUUAUGGGAUUAAGUCCUCGUGGAACAACAAUAGAUGCCAAUCCAGAUUGCCACAGUGUGUCAGAGACGAUUCAGAGUCCAUUCAGAUAGAGCCUGGGACUCUUUGCGUGUUGGAUGUCAAGAAAAUGGCAACCUAAGGAUAAUGUUGGUGACCAGUGCGUGCAUAAAUGCUGAGCUUUGCGUCCUCAGCAGCUGGGUGUUCUUGAUUCUCCACCGCCAGCUCAGGUCCAAAAUGAACGGCUACUCGGCCCCCACCUACCCUUCUGCAGGCUCUGGCCCAUAUGCCUUGCAGCUGAAUGGCCCUGGCUCCCAGACACCAGAUGUCACAGAGUGCAGUGCCAACAAGUCCAGCGCAAAAGUUCUCUAUGGGACAGAUGGACCGUACUUCCUACGCUCUUCCGCCAAACACAAAAAGAAAGAGCAAAGGAAAAAAUACAUUAAAAACAGCAUUAACAGCAUGACGGAUACUUCGCAGUACCAUGUUGAACACCUGACAACAUUCGUCAUGGACCGCAAGGAUGCCGUGAUCACCAUCGACGACGGCAUCCGGAAGCUGCGCCUGCUUGACGCCAAAGGGAAGGUGUGGACGCAGGACAUGCUGCUGCAGGUGGAUGACAAGGCGGUCAGCCUCAUUGAUGCUGACACCAAGAAUGAGCUGGAGAACUUUCCGUUGGGAACGGUGCAGCACUGCCAGGCCAUCAUGAACUCCUGCAACUACGACUCCAUCUUGGCACUUGUGUGCAGGGAGUCUGGGCAGGGCAAGCCAGAUCUGCACCUCUUCCAGUGUGAUGACAUAAAGGCAAAUUUGAUCCAUGCGGAUAUCGAGAGUGCCAUAAAUGACCACAAGGGGGGAAAGGUCAAAAAGAGGCCGGAAGUGCUCAAAAUGAUUCUGAAGAGCGAUGGUGCCAUUCCACCUCCUCCUGGUGGCCCCGCCCCUGAGCCCCCAGCAGCUGCCAAUCAAAUGGAUGUGAAGAGCAGAGUGGCUGCUUGGUCAGCCUGGACCAAUGAACAGCAAAACUUUGAUAACCAAAGGCCAUACGGGGAACAGGAUGAGGCCCCAGAGAUGACUGCAGCACGAGUGGACAGAGAUGUUCAAAUCUUGAACCACAUUCUAGAUGACAUUGAGUACUUUGUCACUAAACUUCAAAAAGCUGCGGAAGCAUUUAAUGAUCUGUCGAAGCGAAAGAAAUCGAAGAAGAGCAAAAAGAAGGGCCCAGGAGAGGGAGUGUUGACGCUCCGGGCGAAGCCGCCAGGACAGGAGGAGUUUGUUGACUGUUUUCAGAAAUUUAAGCAUGCCUUCAACUUGUUGGGAAAGUUGAAACACCACAUUCAAAACCCGAGCGCCAUGGACCUGGUUCACUUCCUCUUUACUCCACUCAGAAUGGUGGUCCACACCUCAGGUGGGAUAGACCUGGCAAAGAGCGUGGUGGUUCCCCUGCUCACCAGAGAGGCCAUAGACUUCCUGCACUCUGCAGGCACUGCCGAGGAGCGCCACCUGUGGGUCGCAUUGGGUGAUGGAUGGACCAAAUGCAGGCUGGAGUGGCCCAAGGACCACUUCUUCCCACCUCACACUCUGUGCUUCCGGGAUGGUUGGGAGCCCCCUCUGCUAGUGUCCCGGGAGCAGGGCCUCUCCCAGCUGGCUGAGACGCUGUCUCAGGCCGAGAUCCACAGGCAAGAGGAUGGGAGCCGCCUGCUCCACCAUGAGGCGAGCGCACGGGAGUUCCCCUCAAUGGACGGGUACACCUUCAGUAGCACCACCUCUGAGCACAUGCAUGUUCUGGACACUGACAUGGCAAUGGCUGCUUUUAAACAUGCACUCAGCCGCCAUGUAGAUAGCUAUGAUGGUAGAGGCCAGCCAAGGAAUUUUGCCAAAUCUAAAUAUGACUUUGUGGCACGCAACAACACGGAGCUCUCUGUGAUUAAGGAUGAGGUUGUGGAGGUUCUGGAUGACCGGAAACAGUGGUGGAAGGUUCAAAAUGGAGCUGGGGCUACUGGAUAUGUGCCAAACAACAUCCUUGAGAUCUCCAGAGCUGUGGACAUGACCGGACGAGGGGAACCUGUUUACAGCCAUACCAUUCAGAAGCAGAGGGCGGACUAUACACCCAAGCAGGGGUUGACGUCCCUCCCCCCUGCCCCCACGCCCCCUCCUCCAGCCCCUACUCCCGCGCGACUGCCCACCCCUCCACUGCCACCGGUGACCGUGCCCCAGGGAGGCUUGCCCUCUGACGGCAGCCGCCAGAGCAGCAGCAGCUCUAGCGACAGUGGCAGCAUCACAAUGAGGGAUCAGAGAGAUCGCGCUGCCCCUGCCAACCGCCGUAAGUCCAACAUGGAGGAGGUUCAGGACGAGCUGGUGCACAGGCUGACUCUGGGCCGCAGUGCUCAGAAGAAGUUCCAGGCUCCACCCCGUAACCCCACCCUCCCUGCUGCCAACAUCACCUAUGACUCCAACCCCGAGGAGGUGAAGGCCUGGCUGCAGGUCAAGGGAUUCAGCACCGUAACUAUUAACAGUCUGGGAGUGCUGUCUGGUGCUCAGCUGUUCUCCCUCAACAAGGAUGAGCUAAAGACCGUUUGUCCUGAUGAUGGGCCCAGGGUCUACAGUCAGGUCACCGUCCAGAAGGCUGCCCUUGAGGACGAGUCUGAACGUGCCUGGUUCACAGCUGCUCUGCGCCGUCGACAGGAGCUCCUCGACCCACCGGACAACGGAAGCACCUCAGACGUGGACUAAGAGUUCACUAAGCAGCCCACCACAUUUGGUACAGCAGAGUACUGUAGUUGUAGGUUUCUAUACACUACUAGGCCAAAAUAAUACAAUGAAGAUUUGAAAAGAUUUAGUAGGCUAAAAAAAUCUGAAGAGCACAUAGUUGUAGAUCAAGUUAAACAUUGAAUCAGUGUCUUCAUUAUUCAUCUAAAAAAAAAUCAAUAUAUUGAAUAUUGUGUAGUCCUGCUGUAAUUUGUCUAAGGGAAAGAAGAAAGUCCACUUAUAGACCUGUUGUUUAAAAUGCACUGUCCGAGGAAGUAUUAAGAUGUGUACUUGCUAACAAGUCGAUGACUGAAGAUGAGAUGUUGAAAAGGGCACAAUCAAAUGUUUAAGUUGUUUUUUCAAUAUUCACCACUAGUGAUGAUUGAAGGAUGGAAUUAGGAUGAUGUGGAAUUUGCUUGACUUCCAUAUGGAAUUUAUAUCAUGGAAUGAUCACACUUCCAUUGUAAAUGUGAACCUUCACGUUUGUAAACUUGGAAUAUAGUCCUCGAAUUUUGCUCUUGGGAUCCUAUAAAAUGGAGCUGAUGCAGGACAUUAUGGAAAUCAGUGUGGUGCAAAGCAGAAAGAACUGAUUGUCAAUUAUAUGUACAAUUCUGUUUGCUGGCAAAGAGAGGAUAGAUUAUUUAUAUAUAUAAAUAUAUAAAUAUAUAUAUAUAUAUGACCAUUUUCUAUUUAAGCAUAAUGCCAAAAGAGUAACUUUAUAUGAUUCCCAGCUGACUAGAGCAAAUAGAGAAUAAAGCAGCAUGCUCUUCUUAGGCUGAGCAGCACACGGGGAAUACACAAUAGAAUACACAUUUCUGUAGCUAUGUUUUCAGGGAAUUUUUCAUACUAUAUCUAGCUUACUUAGUCCAUUUUAAAGCUUUCAAACACCGGUGUGCAUAAGCAUUGCUUAGUUUUUCAUUUUGGAGUACUUUGGCCAGAAAAUAAGUCUUUUUCAUCUGACCAUGCUAUAUAAUCAUGCACAUGCAAACACAUUCUCAUGGUCAGCAAAAGACUUAGAGUGGCACUAUGUGGAUCUAAAAGGUAUAUUCACCUCCCUUUACUAUUGGUGUCUUUAAAGUGCCAUGUUUAUAAAUGAACCCCCCUGCCCUGUUACAUACCCAUUAUUAAACAGCAGCUGUGUUGUUAAAUCUAAGAUGGUGAAAGCCUUACAGAGGCUCUUUGUUCAGUUAUCUAACAAGCCAUUUACCCACUGUGGGAAUUCUCAGUUCAUGCUCUCUCCAUUUUUGAAUGCUUUUGUUUAGUCCAGUUAUGCUGUGGAAAAAGGUUAUAUUUCAUUAUGUUCUGGAUAACAUGGCAGUUCUACAUUAGCUGACUUGCACUUAAAUAGGAACAUCUUCAACAAGAACCAUUACAUUGAAAAAGAUGUGCAGAAUAAAUGGAUACACAGAAUCUGUUCUGCUUUGUAGGUUUA